AAUCAUAACAAAAGUUUUUAUAAUUUUCCAUCUUCAAUUGACUUUAUUUAUUACAUACCAACAUAUUUUCAUUCAAAGUACCCAUUCUCUCCAAAGUACGAUAUAAAUCUUCAAAAUCAAAUCAACAAGUAUUCGAUUCAAAUCGUUAUUGUUCUGUUUUCUAUCAAUUCUAUCCGACCAGUGCGUUCUAAGCGAUCGCAACGAUUGAUUCAACGUUCGAUUUCUAUCUGGUCGAUUGUUUCGAUGAAUCGGAUCCUUUUGGUGAUUUUGACCGAUAAAAGAAUUCACGUGACUGUCAGUCUACAAAAUGCCGGUCGGGUUUCGCGGAAGCUUCAGUGACGAUUAUUUACCGGUAGUGGUAUAAUUGUAUCGCGCGGAUUUUCUUCGUUUGUUUAUUUACAUAUUUAAACGUUUCGUUUUACAGUUUUAGCAACCACUUGCGACAGCGCGGACGGUCGGAAUCUCGAUUUUGUUUUCUGACGGUUUUUUGUUUCAAAAAAAAAAAAGAAGAAUGUCUGCGAACAAGAACGGACUCAGAUUUUCGAGGAGUGUUCACGAAAAAUCGGAUAAUGACGUACAAGGGGCAGGCGGCGGCGGCGGCGGCGGCGGAACGAAUGGUACAUAUACCUACUAUGAUAAUCCGGCUCUUAAUGCUUCACUUGAUUCCCUCAAUUUUAAUGGAGACAGAAAUGAUUCAGCAUAUUUAGGAAGUAAUGACUUUAUUGUUUUAGAUAAUACGAAGAAAACAUCGACGGUGACGAAAUCAGUUAAAUCUGCUAUACCAUGGACUCGGAAACAGUUGAAAAAAACAUGUUCGAAGAAAAAACUUUACAAGAGGCUACCGUUUCUUACGUGGUUGCCAAAUUAUAACGCUGAAUGUGCUGUGGGUGAUUUGGUAGCUGGAAUUACCGUUGGUUUGACUGUGAUACCCCAAGCAUUAGCGUAUUCAAAUAUAGCAGGAUUGUCAACUGUCUAUGGUCUUUACAGCUCAUUUUUGGGACCAAUUGUAUAUAUAUUAUUAGGCAGCUGUAAAGAUGUUCCCGUAGGACCUUCGGCCAUAUCGGCGUUAAUGACGUACCAAGCUAUUCAAGGCUUAGGACCGGAAUAUGCCAUAUUACUCACUUUUUUGACAGGUUUGGUACUACUAUUGAUGGGACUAUUAGGUUUAGGUUUUCUCAUAGAUUUCGUAUCAGGACCAGUUUCCUCUGGUUUUAUUUCGGCCGUCGCUCUAAUUAUCGUUACCUCUCAAGUGAAAGACGUUCUUGGCAUCAACGCGAGCGGUAGUACGUUCGUAGAAACGUGGAUAAGUAUUUUUAACGACAUUCACAAUACCCAGGGUUGGGACACCAUGCUGGGGAUAGUUUGUAUAGCAGUUCUCCUUAUAUUAAGGAUAAUCGGUACAAUAAAAAUUGGAAGUUCGCGGGAAGACGAAGCACCGAGCGCUUUCGAAAACUUUGUAAAUAAAUCUCUAUGGUUAAUAAGUACAGCUAGAAACGCCAUUCUAGUCAUAGUGUGCGGUUUCAUCGGGUAUAUAUUCUGCCUAAACGGAGAUCCGCCAUUUAAAGUGAUAGGACCCGUUCCUCAAGGACUACCAGCAUUCAAAUUACCUCCCUUUAGUUACUACAAAGAUGAUAAUGGAACAGUAACUAGUCACACAUUACCCGAAAUGAUCUCGACUAUGGGUAGCGCUAUAAUCGUGGUUCCAUUGAUACUUAUUUUGGAAAACAUAUCCGUCUGUAAGGCUUUCGGUAAUGGGAAAAUGAUUGAUGCCACACAAGAAUUCAUAGCGAUCGGUAUUUGCAACAUUGCCAAUUCGUUCGUACAAGCUUUCCCGUCUACUGGAUCUCUAUCUCGAAGCGCGGUAAAUAAUAACAGUGGCGUACGAACACCAUUAGGAGGACUCUACACCGGCAUUCUAGUUAUUCUGGCACUUUUCUUCUUCACUCCAUAUUUCUACUACAUACCGAAAGCUACCUUAGCAGGUAUCAUUAUUGCGGCUGUCAUUUUCAUGGUAGAAGUCAAAGUUGUCAAACCUAUGUGGCGAUCUAAAAAAAGUGAUUUAAUACUAGGAUUCGCAACUUUUAUUGCCUGUCUUGCUCUUGCUUUGGAAAUUGGAAUUUUAGUCGGAAUUGGAAUAAAUAUACUCUUCAUUUUAUAUCACGCGGCAAGACCAAAAAUUACUGUUGAAAAGUUGAGGUCGAGAGAUAACAACGAAUAUCUGAUGUUAACUCCAGACCGUUGUUUGAUCUUCCCUUCCGUAGACUAUGUGAGAAAUUUAGUCACUAAACACAGUCUACGUCAGGGGAUUCCUGUUAUCAUAGAUUGCUCCCAUAUAUACGGGGCCGAUUACACGGCAGCUACCGUAGUAGAAAUUUUAACUCAAGAUUUCGCAGCUAGAAACCAACCGUUGUUCUUCUUCAAUUUGAAACCGUCAGUUUGUGCUGUAUUCGAAGGGCUGGCGCCCAAGGACUUCGUAGUGUUUUAUAGUGAAGACCAAAUAGAUCAAUUGCUUAAAGAAAGAUCUUACGUUAAAAAAGAGGAGGUAUUGAAGGUUUGAUUGUUACAAAUUUAUAAAUAAUGAUAAUUCAAUGUUAUUUUUUUGCAUAUUAUGUUUUUGUUUGUCUUUUAAAUAUGGUGAUGUAUACCGCUACUUUGGUGACCAAAAGGACAACAGUCAAUCACUUAGUUUUGACUAUUGUUUUGAAAAAUGUAUUCAAUUUACUUAUUUUCUUGAUGUAGUUCAAAAAAAAUUAGUUUUAUCGUAUUUUUAUAGAGAAGAAUUCUAGAAAAACAUAUUUUUUCCCAGUUUUUUCUAAAAUCUAUUCAAAAUAAUGGUUGACUCAUUUUUUUUAAUUCUUGCUAAUAUGAUCUUGUUCUUCUGAUCCUAUUUUUGCUCAUUUUUUUUCCAAAUUUUUUCUAUGUAACGAUUUAUACAGAUUUUCUCAAAGAAAAGUUUAUAUUUUAUGAUUCAAUAAAAUAAUUAUCAAAUUUCUUCUUCUUAUAUGUUCUGUCAAUAUUUUCUUAUUGUUCCUUCAAACCUUCAAACAUUUGCUGUAUUUAGAAGAAUUUAGAUUGCUCCUGUUCUUCUUCAACUCUCCAUUUAUAUAUUUACAUUUCUGUACUGAUUAUUUACUUCUAUCACUUGUCAUUUCACCUUUCGCUUGCUGGAAAUGCUUCAUAUUCUUCUUCUUGUAUGAUCCGCCAGUAUCUUGUUAUUAUUUCUUCAGUUAUUUGCUGUAUUUGUAGGAAUUUAAUUGUUGGAAUUCUUUUACUAUAUUGAAUCUUCUAUACAUUUCAAUUUCACCUUUCCUUUGGUUGCUAUACCUCAUUCUUCUUCUUGUAUGGUCCACCUGCACCUCCUAAUAAUUUAUUUUACUAAAUAUAGCCAAAUCAGCUUAUAUUUUCUAUUUUAACUUAUUCUUAACUUCAAAUUUUCUUUCCCCGGUUGCAUUUUUGUUAUUACAAAUAUAAUCUUUUACUUUUAUGUCUGUUUUUUCUGGUUUUCUGUUUUGAGUACUGAAUUUAAUCAAAGUUAUGAUAUUUCUCAAUUCCUUUCUUCUUCUAAGGGUACGUUAAUUCAGACUUUGUACCGAUACCAUUAAUUUUAGACAAUUUUGUUAUAUUUUAAGCUUCCACUGGUGAAACUCUUUUAUCGGGUCCAUUUGUGAAUACAUUUCUAUAUUUAACUCAAAUAUAUCCUUUGGGAAGAUUAUUUCUCCUUAUGAUGGCAUAUUAAAAUUAUUUGGAUCAUUUAACUAAGUUGGAAUAUUUGGUAAUGUACUGAACACACUAUUUACACUACCACCCACCGUUUGGAUAACCAAGUUAUCGUCUUCAGAGACUGAAGGUAAACGGUUUACCUUCAGUCUCUGAAGACGAUAACUUGGUUAUCGAAACGCGCCUUAGACAGUGUAAUUUUGAGUGCUGGUGUAGUGGUAGUGUGUUCAGUGGAUCAUUAUUCAACAGUUACCAAGUCACAAAAAACUUUGAUACUGAGUAGGCAUAUGAAACAUUCUGAUCCGUCCAAACGUAGUAUUUCAGUAUUUCCUUGUUUAAUCAUAAGUCUUCCUAUUUGUUAACUGCCUUAUUUGUAUAUAUGUAUAUCUCGCUUGUUCUUUAAUCGAUCUAAUAGUAGUUCGAAAUGUUUGUACAUUUUUAAUUAAAGUGUGUAAAUUUGUGGAAAUUGUAUAAAUUUGCUUUGAUAUGUUAUAUAAAAGCUAUUAAUCGAUAAAAACUAAAAAUUUAAAAACAUUUUGUUGAAUUAUCGGUAGUUCUAGAUUGUUUUUAACUCUUCAUAAAGGUACGUAAUAGUUUUGUAUUAUUCAAUUCAUAAUUUUUCAUAAAUAAUUAUAUAUUUUAACUUCACUAUGGACUGGGAAAGUGAUAAUUCAUUUUUUUUGUAGAGAUUACUGAUUUUUUUACUUUUGCUAAUUUUGACCUAACAAUAAUUGAUUUUUUUUAGUAAAAAUAUUCACAACGAAACGUAGUACAAAUUAAAUAGCCUCAUAUUUACAACUCACUAUCUAUUUAUCGAUAUUUUUGGAAAAAAAAUUAUUAGAAAUUUAUAUUUUCACUUCCUAACCCAACUUUUCUAUAUACUCUAAAUAACUUUCAUUACAAUAGAUGUUAUACUUACUUUUAUACGUCCACGUAUUAUUAACUACUAAUUUUCAUAAACACGGUGAAACACAGUCACUUGUAUCAUUUUUUUAACUUUAAGAAACUUUCACUGGUAAAUAAACUUUAAGGGGGCUUCCCACGCUACGAUAAAUCGUAACAAUGUAUAACCCUGUCAAAUGUCACUUAACCGUUAUCGACCCCAGAACUACUUUACGUAAAACUUCUCAAUAAAUAUAAUUAAAAAUUUUCGAGUUCAUCUGCUUGCAUUUUUUGUCAUUGUUACAGCAACAGUCUAAACGUCACUAAAUAACUUGGAAACAAGAUAAAUUGUAACAAUCUGAUCGUUACGAUAAAUUGCUUCAACUUAUCAUACCGUGUAAAAUUCCCUUAAACAAUCAGAAACAGUUUAUGUCUGAUUUUACCAUGGAACAGACCAGUGUUACCAUCUUGUUUUAUGACGUCACGCUUUCCUUGUCUAUUGUAUUAUUACAGUAUUAGGUGUUGCAUACUAUAGAGGUAAACAGUACAGUUAUUGGUCCUUUUAGAAACAACAUUACAACACGAUUAGUUUGCUUUCACUGGCUGUCAAAGUAAACGACAUAAUUGAUUCAAAUUCUGACAGGAGACAAAUGAUAGUUGACAGUUGAAACUUUUAUUGAAAUACUUUUCACACAAAAUGAUAAAAACAGUCAUAAAUUUGGUCAAAUCUUAAUUAUAUACGAGGUGAUCAAAAAAUACAAUAGAAUCAAAAAUUAUCAAAAAAGCCUUGUAUACAAUUUGUAAUGCAUUAAUCAAUGCAAUGUUGUCAAAUGGCCAAGAAUUGUUCUGUUCACCUAAUCCUAUGUAAGUUCCUUGAAAUAACGAUAAUAGUAAAUCAAUUUAAUAGUUUCAAAUAGUAUUUUUAGUUGAUUAUAAUUUUAAUCUAUUUAUAAUAAUGUAUUUUUAUUUUCUGUGAGAUUUAUUUAUUAACAUAUCUUUCAAUGUAUAGGUUACUUACCUCACUAUUAAACUUUUUGUAGUUAGACUGUGAUAUUAAAAAAUUUUCGUCUAAAAA